AUGAAGGGAAUUCACCCCUCCAUCGUCUCUCAUAGACUUAACAUCUUGCCAACAGCGAAGCCUAUCCGGCAGAGGGUCAGGCGUUUUCACCCAGACAGGCAAAAGAUUAUCAGGGAAGAAAUUGACAAGUUGUUGGAGCCCGGAUUCAUUAGAGAGGUGGAAUAUCCGGACUGGUUAGCAAAUGUGGUGGUGGUUCCCAAAAAGGAAGGCAAGUGGCGGGUGUGCGUCGAUUACACCAACCUCGAUAAUGCAUGCCCUAAAGACAAUUUCCCUUUGCUGCGGAUAGACCAAAUUGUAGACUCCACCGCCGGACAAGGAAUGCUCUCCUUCUUGGAUGCCUUCUCUAGGUACCACCAAAUCCCCAUGGCCUCGGCUGACGAAGAAAAGAUAGCCUUCAUAACGCUGCAUGGCCUUUACUGCUACAAAGUCAUGCCAUUCAGACUCAAAAACGUUGGCGCCACCUAUCAGAGACUGAUGACGAAAAUCUUCAAACCUCUAGUCGGCCGCACAGUGGAAGUAUAUAUUGAUGAUAUCGUGGUUAAGAGUAAAACCCGAGAGAAACAUACCCUCCACUUGCAAGAGGUCUUCUACCUCUUGAGAAAAUAUGGUAUGAAAUUGACUCCGUCCAAAUGCGCUUUUGGCGUGAGUGCCGACAAAUUCCUGGGAUUUAUGGUCAGCCAAAAGGGGAUAGAAGUUAGCCCGAAUCAGGUUAAGGCAGUCAUGGAGACACCACCCCCUAGGAGCAAAAAGGAGUUACAGCGCCUCACAAAAACCUAUUUACUACGCCAGCAGAGCGUUGGCGGAUGUAGAAACAAGGUAUUCAAAGAUAGAGCUAACGGCUUUAGCCCUUCGAAGUGCUGCUCAGAAGCUCUGUCCUUACUUCCAAGCCCACCCGGUGGUCGUGCUGACCGACCAGCCCUUUCGCAACAUCCUGCACAAACCGGACUUGACUGGAAGAAUGCUUCAAUGGCCAUAGAGUUGAGCGAAAAUGGAAUCGAGUUCCAACCCAGGUUGUCCAUGAAAGGCCAGGUGAUGGUUGACGUCGUGCUGGAAUACUCCCGAAGACCUACCCGACACAAGGAACCGCACGGAGAGGGGUGGUGGACUUUGCGGGUUGAUGGAGCCUCUUGGUCAUCAGGAUCUGGAGUAGGACUCCUGCUGCAAUCCCCAACAGGAGAACAACUGGAGCAAACUAUCCGACUGGGAUUCCCCGCGUCUAACAAUGAGGCCGAGUAUGAAGCCAUCCUAUCCAGGAUGGACCUUGCCCUAGCUCUAUCUGUCUCCAAGCUCCGGGUCUAUAGUGACUCCCAACUCGUGGUAAGACAAGUCCUGAAAGAAUACGAAGCCAAGGAUGAGCGCAUGACGCAAUAUCUAACUAAAGUAAGGGACACCUUACAAUGGUUCACCGAAUGGACGAUUGAAAAAAUUAAACGGACUGAAAAUGGACGUGCCAAUGCCCUGACAGGCAUAGCCGCUUCCCUCCCCAUCAAAGAAGCCAUAUUAUUGCCUAUACAUGUGCAAACCCACCCCUCCGUCGCGUAA